CCCCCGCCCCUAGCGCCGAGCUUCCCUUACGGGCACAGGCCAGCCGGCUUCCCUUUCCGGGAGCGCAGGCGGCGGCCGCCGGUGUUCUUUUCUCUUCCCUCCGCAGUGUCGGCUUUUGCAGCUCCUUUGCGGCGAGCAUGGCGGCUCGGAGUCGCGGGGCCGCCUUGGGGCUGUGCGCCACAGUUUUUUUACUUGAUGUGGCAUUCUGUAAAGGAUUUGUAGAAGAUUUAGAUGAAUCGUUUAAAGACAAUCGAAAAGAUGAUAUUUGGCUUGUAGAUUUUUAUGCACCAUGGUGUGGCCAUUGUAAAAAACUGGAACCUAUUUGGAAUGAAGUUGGUCUUGAGAUGAAAAGUAUUGGUUCUCCAGUUAAAGUUGGAAAGAUGGAUGCUACUUCCUAUUCUAGCAUUGCUUCAGAGUUUGGAGUUCGAGGUUAUCCAACAAUUAAGCUAUUAAAGGGGGACUUGGCAUAUAAUUAUAGAGGACCACGAACUAAAGAUGAUAUAAUCGAGUUUGCUCACAGAGUAUCUGGAGCUCUAAUUCGACCACUUCCAAGUCAGCAAAUGUUUGAACAUGUGCAAAAGAGGCAUCGUGUAUUUUUUGUCUAUAUAGGUGGAGAGUCACCUUUGAAGGAGAAAUACAUUGAUGCUGCUUCAGAAUUAAUUGUAUAUACAUACUUUUUUUCUGCCUCAGAAGAAGUCAUUCCUGAGUAUGUGACCCUGAAAGAGAUGCCUGCCGUGCUUGUUUUCAAAGAUGAAACUUACUUUGUUUAUGACGAAUAUGAAGAUGGUGAUCUAUCAUCUUGGAUCAACAGGGAGAGGUUUCAGAAUUAUCUUACAAUGGAUGGCUUCCUCUUGUAUGAACUUGGAGACACUGGAAAGCUCGUGGCUAUUGCAGUUGUUGAUGAGAAAAAUACAUCAAUUGAACAUACCAGAUUAAAGUCAGUUAUUCAGGAAGUUGCUAGAGAUUAUAGAGACCAGUUCCACAGGGAUUUUCAGUUUGGCCAUAUGGAUGGAAAUGAAUAUAUAAAUACCUUGCUGAUGGAUGAGUUGAAAGUCCCAACUGUGGUCGUACUGAAUACUUCAAACCAACAAUACUUUUUACUAGAUAGGCAGAUUAAGAAUGCAGAAGACAUGGUCCACUUCAUUAAUAACAUUUUGGAUGGCACAGUAAAUGCCCAAGGAGGUGAUAGCAUUGUCCAGAGAUUGAAAAGAAUAGUAUUUGAUGCCAAAUCUACUAUUGUGUCUAUAUUCAAGAGCUCUCCACUCAUGGGCUGCUUUCUCUUUGGCCUGCCACUGGGUGUCAUCAGCAUCAUGUGCUACGGCAUCUACACAGCCGACACAGAUGGAGGUUACAUAGAAGAACGAUAUGAAGUGUCCAAAAGUGAGACAGAAAGCCCAGAACCGGUAGAAGAGAGCAAAGAACAGCAGGAGCCCAGGAGCGGAGACCCUCUGGUGCCUGCGGUGCAAGAACCCAAAGAUGUAUUAGAGAAGAAGAAAGAUUGAGACUUUACUAGGAUAAAAUAUUUGAUAGCAUUUCAAAUUAUUAAGGAGUCUAUUUAUUGAAUUUAGACAUUUAAUCAUGACCUCUAAAGAAGAGAACAUGGCAUUUGUAUUUUGCUAUUAUCAACUGCAUGGGUUAUAAAACUGUCCUUCUGUAAAUGGGGAGAUCUUUGGAGUGAAGAGAUGAAAUGUUUGUCUAAAACAAACAAAAUCAAAACACUCCAUCAAAGUUUACCUUACAGAUGUUGUUAUACCAGAUCAGUUCUAUUCGCAUGUUUCUCUAUCUGAAGAGUCUGUGACAAAGUUAAUAUUCUUGGGCAGAAUAUUUAAAUUGGCUGGUCAGGUGGAAGAUCCACGUGUGAUAGAGAAAUAAAACCUUCACCCCUAUCAUCCAUUCUCCUCAUGUUUUGGGAAAGAUUUCUAUGGACAAAAUCAAGUCUUUAAAAUUUAGACACUUUAAGGAGAACUAAUAACUUUUUCCAAGUAUCAGAUUAAGGUUAUGAGAUGAAAAAUAAUUUGGUUUUAUAUAGAAUAGUGAUUUUAUUUUGUUAUUACUUUUAAAGGAGAGGAAGUGUUGCUUUUUAUCUUUACACUCAGUUGCAUUAUAAAAUUUUCAUAUGGGCCAACAUAGUGGGGAAAAAAAAAUAGACUUCAGUUUAAUCUUUGCAGCAUAAACAGGAUUUACUUGGAUCCGUGAUUUCAAAUGAUGCCCUGGACACUCAGAAGGUGUCUUGGUGCAAGAAGGGGGCGGGGUGUGUCUCUGUUACUGCUGUGCUGGUUUAGCCAGAACAGCCUGCUUUUAUUUCUGUUUAUAUUUUGGGAGUUCUGAAAGAUUUCUUUGAUAAAAAGCUCCUGCUGCUUUUUAAAAAGUAAUAUAUAUCCUAUUUUUAUGUUGAUGUUAAUGAUAACAUGAUCUAAUGUAUGUGUGAUGUGUAUAUAUCUGUAUACACAUCACACAUACAUACACAUGUAAAAUUUAUUGACAUCUGUUAUGUAAUAUUAUGGGCAUGUCUAUGUUCAUAAUGAGUCAUGAGUGACAUAAUCAGCCUUUUAAGAAAAUUCAGGUCCAAGAUUAAAAAGAUCUGUCAGUUACCUUCUCCAUCCUCCCAGUUCUGUUAUCCAGUUUAUCCUCUCAUCUCUUCAUAAUGGGAUAACAUAGGAAUUCUCUACCAAGUAAUGUACAAAAAUUGAUAUUUUCUUUUAUAAUGGUAUGGAAUGUUCAUUGUAGAUUAGUUUAUUUUUGAGGCUUUCAUUUUAGCUAAGUUUAGGAUUUUUAGUAGGUGACUAUUGGGUAAUUAUUCAUUGAGUUAGUAAACAUUUAAAAAUGUGUUAUCAUUUUAAAAAUAUGUAAUUCAUGGUCAUGAUGCUGAAGCUGUUUAGGGCUAUGGUCCCCAGGGCAGCCUGUGGUUGUCUCUGAUGUCAUGCUGAUCAAUACUAACCUGAAGCUCUCCUUAUCCUAAGUGUUAAGGAGUGACUAGUAAUUGCUUUCUUACACUUAUUAGUAUAUAAUAAUUACUUAUUCUUAAGUACCCCUUUGAUUUUGGCACCCCGUUAUUACAGUUUUUAUAAAUGAGGAACAUACUCAGUCACAGGAAAUUUCAGGAAAUACUGAAAUGAAAUGUUAUUCUUAAGUGGAAAUUGGAGAUAAAUGCUGUUAAUUUAACAAGGACAUUCCUGUCUAAAGAGUAAUAGCGAUUCUUUUGAAGGAUAAGUAUUAAUGUCCGCAAUGGCCAAGCUUGUUUGCGGCAGUGAGAAGCUCAGGUAAGCACAGGUGCCUCAUUUGAGUCUCAGCCUAGUAGGAAAGUAAAAAGCUUAGCCACCACCACUGACAGGGGAAGGUGUUGUAAAAAUGUCAUUGCUUUUUUUCUUCAUGCUUAUCACUAUCAUAUCUGUCAUCUGCACAGUUUUGUCUUUUGUCAAGCACACCUAUAAAUUAAAAAGCAAAACAGGGAAAAGGAAAAAAAAAAGCAAAGCUUAAUAUGUAUCAACAAAAUCCAGUGAUCUUUGUAUUCUGAGAUUUUCUUGUUUAUAAAUUAAUGCCUUAGUUUUCUGUUAUCUUUUCACAAGUCUAUACUGUUGCCUCAUAUUCUGUUUGUGUUUUAAAUGUGUACAUAGUUUAAGUGAAUAAUUAUUUUGUAUUAAAAUUUUGCCUUUUAUUUGUCUCUAGGAUACUGUCUCAGUAGCCUUACAAAAGAGAUUUAAAAUGUUUGCUCACUAGUGAGGUUUUCUCCUCAAUGUGAUAUCAGAAUUUACUAGGAAUGCUAUUUUUAUUUCAGGAAAAAUUAUUUCAAAAUAAAGGUAGGUUUCUCCAUGAGUCUGUUAAAAGAACAUUGACAACCCAGUUGAGUGGUGCAUCCUGCUUUGAUUACAUGUCCAUAGGUGGAAAGUCCUUCAGUAAAUUGGAGUUUUGCCUUCUCUUUCAGUUGCAAUAAAGUUCUGCUUCUAACUUCUGAAGUUCAAAAUUUUAGAUGCUUACUGUUGCUGACUCUGGUGCUCAGACAGUUUUUAAAGCUAUUUCAAAGAGAGAAAGUGCACAUGUUUUUAUUGAGCUAUGCACCCUGUUACAGCUUGCGGUCUUUUUUGUUUCAUCAUAUCCAUUGAUAUUUCUCUAGCUAUUUGAAACUGCUAUCUGAAACUUAUCUGAGGUGUAUUAGACCUGGCAUUUUCAUUUUAUUCUUCACAUAUGCUGCUCCCUGGUAUCUGAAUUAGAAAUAACAUUACGAGCCAAAUACCUAGAGGCUGAAGGACGGGUCUAUAUGAAUAGCAAAACAGUUAACUAUAUUGAUUUUAUUUAGCGGAUUUCUGUUCUUGUGAUGUUUCUUGUAUUUUUGUUUCAGGGGCUUUUUGGGGAUUGAUUUUUCAAGAUGUGAUUUAAAUAUUUUCAUCAUUGCUUCAUAUAAUAUGGAGGUAGGACAGGGAAAAAUUACUCAGCUAUUCUUAAUAUGCAGAAAUUGUUCAAAUAAACAACUAUAGGAUGUUAGACUAUCAAUUAAAUGGUGGAAUUAGGUUUACCAUUUUAUUUUUAUAAAUAUAUAUUUUUUCUGAAUGUGUCUGAGUCCAAGAGUGGGCAAAAAAUAUUUUCUACUUUGGACUAAUCUAUAAAGGUUUUUGAAAGUCUGUAUUACUAACUUGUUGAUGUCAUGAUACCCUGCCUUAAGGCACCAAUUGUAAACCUUCAUUUUUCUAAAAUAAAUUAAUUGAAAACA